GUUGAACUUUUGGCCGAGCAGCACGUCGUAGUGAGUCGCGAGAUUCAGAGAAUCGAAUCCAUCGGAGGGAACAAAUCAAAGAGCCGCACCCCGUUAUCUGCAAUCGCCAAGUGCCCCCGAAAGGUCCUUCACCGGAAGGACGAAGACGCGGAGUGGUCAAGUCUGCUUAUCGCGAACGCGCCACCCGUUUAUAAGAACCACGAUUGCGCGGCCGGCCGGAACCAUUAUUCAGCAAUCCGUUGUGUGAAACGCUCUCUGGAAAGCGCCCAUCGAGCGAGCUGCCGAGUGAAGCAACCGUGAAAAGUGGUCACAAAGCUAACCUGUUCUGUAUCCGUGUGCCUGUGUGUUUGCGCGUCUUCCGUGUCCCGUGAUUCUGUGAUCCGCAGCGAAGCUAUCGUUUCCUAAGUCCGUGGUUUUGCGAAGCUUUCCCGGUAACGGCACCGAAAAUGGAGAACCAGAACGAGAAUGGCCACCACCAGCAGCAGCAGCAGCAGACGAUUGGUGAUGGCAAGGAGGUUCGCGUUUGGUGCGAUGGCUGCAGUACAGAGGUGAAGGACGGCAUGGUGAGCGCCAUUCCCGAAAUAGAUCUCCGUAUCCGUACCGCGGUCCGGCGACGCCUUCCUCAGCGCGUCACCCGCUGGCUGGCACCGCUCAACGGGCUUGCUGACACUUACGAUAUGGUGCAUUUCGGACACGCCAACUCUCUGCGACAGGCGAAGGCCCUCGGACACAAGCUGAUCGUAGGCAUACACAACGAUGCCGAUAUCACGAGGAACAAAGGACCACCGGUGUUCACGCAAGAGGAACGAUACAAAAUGGUGCGAGGUAUAAAAUGGGUCGACGAGGUAGUGGAGGAUGCACCCUACGUCACGACGCUCGAAACGCUGGACAAAUACGACUGCGAUUUUUGCGUACAUGGCGAUGACAUUACGCUAACCGCGGAUGGUGUGGACACUUAUCACCUAGUCAAAAAAGCAUUACGUUACAAGGAAGUAUCGCGAACGGCUGGAGUGUCUACUACGGAUCUGGUAGGCCGGAUGCUGCUCCUAACAAAAAAUCAUUUUAAACAAGGUGAAAAGGAGUAUGAGGUUGAGAAAGAUGGAUCGUCACAACUCGGCCAAGAUCACACGGCACGCAGCCCCUGGACCGGUUGCUCGCAGUUCCUGCCCACCACACAAAAGAUUAUCCAGUUCAGCGACGGCAAGCCACCGAAGCCGACGGAUCGCAUCGUCUACGUGGCCGGUGCAUUCGAUCUGUUUCACGUUGGCCAUCUGGACUUCCUGGAGAAGGCUCGUAGCUACGGAGACUAUCUGAUCGUGGGGCUGCAUACCGAUCCCGUUGUCAAUGAGUACAAGGGUGGUAACUAUCCGAUAAUGAAUCUGCACGAGCGCGUUCUGAGCGUACUGGCGUGCAAGUACGUUAACGAGGUAGUGAUUGGUGCACCGUACUCGGUGACGGCCGAUCUAAUGGAACAUUUUAAUGUCGGGCUGGUGUGCCACGGGCAGACACAUAUUGCGCUCGAUGUAGGCAACAUUGAUCCGUACGCCAUACCGAAGCAGAUGGGCAAGUUUAUGCUCAUCGACUCGGGGAACACCAUCACAACCGAGGACAUCGUCGACCGCAUCAUUCGCCAUCGGUUAGAGUUUGAAACAAGGAAUCAGAAAAAAGAAAAAAAGGAAAUUGAAGUCUACGAAGCCAUGCAAAAAGUGAAGCUUGCCCAAAAGUCUGGUUGACCAGCGGAAGGUGAUGAGGACGCAGAGUAGUAGUGGUGGUAGCAAACCACCCCAUCUUGUGUGAAGUAGCAGAUGAGAUGAGAUCAUUCCUUAUGCAGAUUUUUUUUUUGUUUUUAAUCAUUGAUCAUGUCUUUAAAAAGGGGAGCGCUGUAUUCAAACGGCCAACGGCCUGUUCGUGGUUCCGAUAGAUUGAUUGUGUGUUAUUCAAAUGAUUUAAUUUUUGUUCUUCCGUUGUUAUAAUUUUAUCAUUCUGGUUUCCAUUUUGCCGGCUUUGUUUUCACCGGUGCAAAGAGAAGUAGGACUGUGUUUCAUUUUCAGAAACUAUAGUUUGCAAAUUUUAACCCGUGUUAUGAUUAAGAAUAUAUGUGUUUGGUGUACGUGUAUGUGUGUGCGAUUUUGUAGGACAAACAUAGAAUAGCAGUUUGUAAGAAUCUCUAAGUGUUCCGAAGAUUGUUACGCUUUAUUUGUCUAUUUUAACUUGAUUAGUAGUUUAUUUGGAGAAACAAUCGUUCAGCGACAUAAAACAUAAAUUAGAGCAAAUUAAUCAGGCCGUGCUCUUAUUAGAGUUAGGGUCUAACUACCUUUGGCCAACAAAAAAAGGGAAAAAGCUCGAAACUGCGCGUUAGACCAGCGAUAGAUGAUGAAGUGAUCAAGGAUGCUUCAUGGAGGUUAAACAAUAAGCUAGUGUGUGUUGCAGAUAGUAGCAAAAAGAAAAUGAAAAGCCGGAGCAGCAACAUCAGACCGUGAUUACAGUACAGGGCUAGGGAGAAGAUAAUUAGCAACUUUUCUGGUCGACAAAUUUGUUACAAAUGUUCGUGCAACGCUCGUUCAUGAGUCCGGUGGUGUUACAUGAAAGCAAAUCCCACGUUUUACCUACUUAAUAAUGAUCUGCUUAAAAGAAACGAAACAACCAGAUUCCCGCUAGUGGUGUAUAUAUUUCUUCCUAUGUCUUUCUUCGCUUACCUAAACAUAUUAUUCCUAAUGUUAUUGCUCUAUUGUAAAUAGCAAGCCAAUAGAAAAAAAACCCUUGAGCAAGGCUCGGUAUCAUACACGCUACGCGCCGGGGGCAACCGAAUGCAAAAAAGAUCCUAUACAUUUACACCAGGAAACUUCUCGGAAGAACGAGAGGACAAUACGUUAAUGCGGUGCAGCAGAGGCUAGGCAAUUAUAGUAUGUAUCUGCUAUCGCUACUUUGAAGCACUUCACAGUAGCGGUGAAAACCAAAUAAAAUAUCACAUUCUUUGUGCGUAAGGGAUAGUUGGUUUGUAAGCCAGCGAUGCUUAUUAACAUUUUUACUUUUUUUUAACAUGAACAUUGAAAGAAAUUCUUAUUCAAAUCGGUCCCUUUUACACGCGUUUGAUCUUCGCUGAAUGCUACCGCAUUUCAGAGAAGAAAAUUGAUCCCUCAACACAAAGUAUCUAUGAAUGAUACGUUUUGAAAAUGCAACCAUUGACUGCGAAUAGUUAUCGUGCUG